UUCAUAUCAAUUUUUAAAAAUUUAUUUUAUAAAAAAAAAAUGAAAUAAAAAUAUGAAGCUGCAAUUGUGUUAAUUACUCACUCUCUCACUAAAACUCCUCUUCUCACUCUCACUUCCCGCCGUCAACGCCGCCGUCCGCCGGGUUUAUCUUCAAAAUGUUUCUGCGAAGAAUUGGUGGAAGGAUUUUAUCGGCAGCUGCAAGAUAUGAACACACAAGUACAGGUGGAGCAGCUGCUGCUUCAACAUCAGUGCGUAAUCCUCUUGAGCAGUUCUUUGAGGUUGAUAGAUCAACUGAUGAUGAUAAACGUGUUGUUUAUGGACGCGGUUGGAAAGCUUCUGAAUUGCGCCUCAAGUCUUGGGAUGAUCUCCAUAAGCUUUGGUAUGUACUGUUGAAGGAGAGAAAUAUGCUGAUGACACAGAGACAGAUGCUCAAUGCUCAAAACCUGCGAUUUCCUAAUCCUGAACGUAUAUCAAAGGUAAAAAAGUCCAUGUGUCGGAUCAAACAUGUACUGACAGAGAGGGCCAUCGAGGAUCCAGAUCCCCGCAGAUCUGCCGAGAUGAAAAGGAUGAUUAAUGCCCUUUAAUAUGUCCUGGUCACUCUUUUACCUUCUUCCCCCCAUCCCUAAGAAAAAAAAUUGACAUGAUUUGAUCAGUGGAAUUGAAUUUUUUUGCCUCUAAUAAUAGUCUUGUAGUUCAUCUAUGAAUGCCAAUUUUAUUUUUCACUCCCCUACA